GCCAAUUGGAGACAGCUCGACCGGACCCCCGACAUCUCUAACGGCAAUGGCAAUGCCACAACCACGAUAGCGCUUGCUCCUUCGGGGAUCCGGAGAACGCCGUACUUGCGGUGACAGCCGCAUUCCGCACCUCCAGACCGCCCCGCUCUCUGCCCGGCCGAGCCCAGAAGCCCAGAAGCUCGUGAUCCGAACCACGGGACAAGAGCUACAACACCUCGCGGCUGGCAGGGUGGCAUCGUUGUCGCUGGUGCUGAACCGCCGUUGCGGAACGGGAGGGACGAAAUGGCGACGGCCAUGGAUCGCAUCAGGGCGUUCUUUGCGCCAGUCAAGGCGAGCACCGACGAGUACGAGCCUAUCGCAGAUGGCGACGCGGACACACUUGAGGGGUCGACUUUUGAGGAAGGGGCGCCAUUCUCCUGGCUCAAGUACUCCGUCUUUGCCUUGAUCGGCAUGGCGAUGCUAUGGGCGUGGAACAUGUUCCUCGCUGCGGCGCCCUACUUCAACAUCCGCUUCCAAGCCGACCCCUGGAUCUCUGCCAACUCACAGUCGGCCAUUCUCACGACGUUCACGGCGGUCAGCUUGGUCACACUACUUAUCCUGGCCGGCCGCCAGGCCUCGGCAAACUACCCCGCUCGCGUCAGCGCGGCCCUUAUCAUCAACGCUGGGGUGUUCAGCCUGCUGACCCUCUCCACCUCAUCCUUCCUCGACGCUUCGCCGCCGGUAUACCUGGCAUUCCUCCUCCUCAUGGUCGCCAUGACGGCCUUCGCCGCCGGGCUGAUGCAGAACGGCGCCUUCUCCUUCGCCGCCAGCUUCGGGCAGCCCGAGUACACACAAGCCAUCAUGGCCGGGCAGGGCGUAGCCGGCAUCCUGCCUCCGCUGGCUCAAAUACUAUCCUUUCUCGCCUUCGACGACUCUAGCUCUUCCGCGCCCGGCCAACCAGGUGGCGAAGCUCACCCCGCACCACCGUCAUCGCCAUCGCCGCCACCCCCCGACAACGGCAACAAAGGAGAAGAAGAAGACGGAGAAACCGCCCCCGGCCAUGCGGCCCCGCCCCCCGCCCGCCGCUACGUCCCGCUCGGCACGCUGCUCCGCAAGCUCCGCUGGCUGGCCGCCGCCGUGGUCACCUGCUUCGCGCUGACCAUGUUCUUCCCCGUCUUCACGGCCAAGAUCCUGUCGGUGCACGACCCCACCGCCGGCGCCGGCGCCGGAGCUGGCCGCCUGUUCGCCCCCGGCGCCUUCAUCCCGCUCGGCUUCUUCUUCUGGAACCUCGGCGACCUGGCCGGCCGCGUGUCCACCCUGCUGCCGUGCUGCUCGCUGCGCCGCCGGCCGCGCCUGCUGUUCGCGCUCGCGCUGCUGCGCGGCGCCAUCCUGCCGCUGUACCUGCUCUGCAACCUGCAUGGGAGGGGGGCGGUGGUGGAGAGUGAUGUGUUUUACUUGGGCGUCGUGCAGGUGCUGUUUGGGCUGACGAAUGGCUGGGUCGGGUCGAGCGCCAUGAUGGCUGCCGGUGAGUGGGUUGCGGAGGGCGAGAGGGAGGCCGCGGGUGGGUUUAUGGGCUUGUGUCUUGUCGCGGGGCUGGCUGUCGGGAGUGUGCUCAGCUUUAGUGCCGCAGGCGUGUGAGCGGCGGAGUUGGGAUGUCAAGGUGCGGUUUUGGGAGGAGGGUUCCGAUUCAUGUUAGGGUUUGGCGUUGGGUGUGUAUUCGGGUGCAUUUAGUCUCUAUUUUUGUUUGGGCACAGCAGCGGACCCG